GGCUCCGGGCCCGCCCCGCGAGGCCAGGGCAGGGCGCCCGGGGCGGGGGGCCUGGCCCUCCCGAUGCGGGGUGGCCCUGCCCGGCACUCAUUUUCCGUGUGGAGAAACUGAGGCACGGAGAGGUCGAGGUCGCUCCAGGAGUAAGCUGAGCGGCGGAGCUGGGUUAGACCCGUAACCCGACUCCAGGGCCCUCGCUCCCCGCCGUGCGCCUGCGCAGUCACGGGGGCCUGUGUGUGAGCGUGUGCGCGCGCGCGGUGGGUGUUACAGAUGCGAGGGCGCCAGGGAAGAGGAUCUGGGCGUUAGACGGGAUCAGGAAGGGAUGUUAAUGGCUAAGAGGGGAGAUUAGUUUCGGCUGGGGAUCGGUAGCUUCGUUAGUCUUUUGAAAAAGAAACGGGGAUCUUUGAUAGGCGGCCACGUGACCUGCUGUGGUCCCGAAGGGCAGGCAAGGUGCCCUACCCCGGGCCUGUGAGGGGCGCUCCCGCUCAGCUCCGGCCUCAGCUGCUGCGGGAAGGCCGGCUCGGCGGGGCUGGCUCUUCUGAUUUUUUCAGGAGAGAUGGAAUCUGAGCUGUAUGUGGCAUCUCUGGAUUUUUAAAUACUGGCAACCAGUUCCUUUUUUAAAAAGUCUGUGGGCUAAUUGACAGUGUUUGCUGCUGGGAUCCACCUGCAGCCUUUGCCCUGGGGCAUCAGGAGGUGGGAAGGCGAGGUUUACAAGGGCCAGGUGCGCAGUGGCGUUUUGCAAAUUCCACCGGAGAAGUGGAAAGUACUGAGGAUCCCGGGCGAGCGAGAUCAUCGCUCUCUCUUAAGAGGCUCCACUCCUCUAAUUUUUUUAGAGAACAAGGCGCGUGGAGGUCUGUGUUAGUUCUAAAGCCUUCCUCCUGCCUCCUCUCCUACAAGGUGGUCCGUCUCAGAAAGCCGGAUUGCAGUCUCAGGGGUGGGCUCAUCUCCCUCUUCCCCAGAACCCUGCUGUAAUCAGAAGUAGGCUGUACCUUCCCUGUGGCUGGCAGAUGGGCGCGCUGUGACCAGAGCUUGUUUUAUAGACAAAUCCGAUUCUGAAAUAGGGGUGAUAUGGAGGGGGCACUCCCACCCCUUUGAGGUCUGUCCCGGUUGGAGUGCUCCUCCUGCCUCCUCACCUGCUGCCCGUUUGCUUCCAGACAAAAGCAAGCUUGGAGUGGGAGGAGGAGAGGCAGGACUGGCUCCCUCAGUCUAGCAAGCCUGGAGGAGUCAGGAGGCUGAGCUUUUCAGCAAGCGCUCAGGAGAUGGGGCUGCAAGCCUUUCCUCCACAACGAGAGUCUGUUGACGCUCUGCUUUCUAAAAUGGUUCUCGCAAGGAAAUUAAACCGGCUCUCCCUUGGAUCGAGGCAGCCACAAUGCCACCUCCACCCGUGGCGUGGAACUGUUGAACCCAGCCGGAGUUGGGCCACUUCCUCCGCCUGUCCUCCCACACACGGUGACACCCGCUGGCCUUCCAGUUCUGCAGAGCCCUGGGCUUGUGCCUUGUGCUGGUCUGACUGGGCUAAGUGGAGGUUGGAAUUAGCAUUUGCACAAUGGUGCCUCAUUAGCCCCUGUGGGUUUUGACUUAAAGUCAUUGAGAGCAGGUAGGAAGCUGUUUUUUGUUCGAUAGACAAUAGAGGGUAAAGUGCGCAUAUAUCUGUUUCCUGCCUCUUUUACAUGCGUUUUCUUGCUGUGCAGACACUGUUUCGAGAGUGCAGAUUUGUAAUUCUGCAGAAAGCCUGUUUCAGGAGUAGCGUCUGGGCACAUUGCACAGGCCUGGAAGCCAGCCUUUCGGACCAAGCGUGGCAGGGCUGGGAGCCCUCGCGCCCCUGGGAAUGGGAGCUCACUGCCGCCUCCAGACCUGAGCUUCAGCUCCCUUUUUCUAGCAUAAUUGACAGAUAAAAAGCUGGAUAUAAACCAGAGCUAAGCUAGAAGGUGAUUAGAUAUUUUACAGGAGGAUUUUUAGGUUCUUGAAAGGUUUUACCAUGAAAUUAAUUCCUUUGGUUAUCUUAAUAUGUAUUUGAAAUAAAACUCGUUUUGUUUGUCUGAGUAGCUUCGCAAGACCAUGGCUGCUGGGUAAACCAGAUUACGCCCUCCAUCCUCCCGUUGCUGAGCGGCUUCUGCUGUGAUCAGUCCCUUUGCUGUUAUAAUGCUACUUUAUUAUCCUGACGUUUGUGUGUGGACAAGUCUUGACCUCUGCAAGAGUGGAAGGGGCUCUCUUCCAAGGAGGACGAGGAGGCAUUCACUCUAUUUGCAAGUGGGUGCUACUUGUGAGCAGAAGGGCCUGGAAGCCAGGAGGACGCCUGGAGCCAGAGCAGGACAGGCAGACCUGAGUUCUCCUCCAGUCCCCUGGGUAACCCUGCAGGGCCUGCCCCCCCCCCCCACUACCUCUCACACCCCUCUGGGUAAACAGACACAUCUGGGAGGCACCUGUUUGCAAUGUCUGAACCCGAGGACUGAGUGACAGACCUGAGCCAUCCUGGGUCAUGAUCUCUUAGAGUCUUGCUGUCCCAAGUGAGGUCAGAAGACCACCUGGGGGCCUGUUGGAAAAGCACAAUCUCAGCCCACCCAUAGUGGCUAUAUUUGACAAGAUCUUCAGUGACCCUAUGCACUUGUGGGGAGUCACUGAUCUCAAGAAUAUCAAAGGGGGAAAGGGGCUUUUACAGGGGUCAGAGCACAGGAUGCUUAUCUCUCCUGGGACUACAGAGAAGUUCUGGAAACCUGACUGUGGCAAUGUGGUAGAUGUACAGAUUGGCUAUAAGGGCUCAAAAUUCUCUCCCAGAAUUGGGAGGAUGGUGUUCCAUUAGAGACUGGUUCUGGAUUAUCCUCGGGUCAAAAAAAGCUCAUAUAACCAGAAGAUACUGAGUAACAGGGUCUGCCCAGAACUCCCUCAGUAAGGCCCUUUAGCGACUGUUGGAAUGUUUCAGCCUCGAAUGUAAAUGGCAGUGUUGGUGAGAAAGGAAAGUGCCUGUCAAGCUUGGGCCGGGCUGGAGCUGGGAGGGGAAGCCCAGCUCAUUGGUGCUGUGAUUUUUCCCUCCCAGCCCUGCCCGGUGGCCCGACAGCGUUGGGGCUCUCCAUUCCCAGCUACCCGGGGCCAAGCCCACCCAGCCCUUGCCCUUGCCCCUGCUUGCCAUUUUUCCACCAGGGUGGCCAACAGUUUCCUGACCUCAGAGAAUUGUUCUAAAGGUCAUUGUUCCAAAGGUCCAUCCGUCCAUCUGUCUGUCUAUCCAUACAUAUGCAACCCCCUGGGGUUCUUUGAUAUCCUUUAUUCUCUGGUUGUUUCAUCUUACUGCCUCAUCGUGUCCCUGCCUUUAGUGUCCCAUGUGUCGAGCUGGACUGACUUUAGGAGUAGCUGCUCAUGGAAGCCAGAGGUGUGCCUUAGUAACGAACUUAGUCAUGUUCGUUUAGAGCCAUCUUGUCUGCGGGUCUGCAGUGUCCCACACUUGCACCAGGCGCCUUGCAUCUCUGCUUAGACCUUACAGGAAUCCAGCCUAUAGGUGGUUUAUCUCCAUCUUACAGGCAAGGAAUCUGCCUCUGCUCACGGUCACACGGCGGGCAAGUGCAGGCGCAAGGCCAUUAUGGUUGCAGAGUCCUGUCCUUUCCCCUCCUUUGGCGUGGCAUGAGCUGAUGCCCUCUCACACAAAAGAGGACAUGAGGGUGGGGCUCUCCUCAUCUGCCAGGCUCUGUGCCUCAGGGAUUGCCUGAGCUGGUGGGAGGCUGCGGACGCAAGAGAGGGUAGGCUUGCCUCACUUGUGAUGACCUGGGGGAGCGUGUGGCUGGAUUGCUCCUUAAUCCGCCAUUAAUCAGAAGUUAAUCAGAGGGCAAAGAAGCCCUUUCAUCCACUCUGCUGAUUCUGUUUGCUUAUUAGCUAAAUGCUGCCUGCUUUCUCUGUGAGGAGAACUUGUCACAUGCCUGGGUGCUGUCCAUCAUGCACAUGGCGGAGCCACUCUGUCCGCAAAAAUGAGGACCCUUCCUCAAAAUUCUAGGGAGAGUAACAUUUGGGUGGAAGUGCUCUUUCACUCAUUAACUCUCUGCCUUUGGAAUGCUUCCUCCGAGGCCUGCCGAGAUGCCUAUCCUGGUGGAAGACGUCAUGCAGCUGCUCUGCUCCAUUUCUGAGGAGAGGAAGAUGAAGGCAGCCUUCAAACACUCAGGGAGGGGCGCCCUGGUCACAGGAGCUGUGGCCUUCGUUGGUGGUUUAGUUGGUGGCCCACCGGGACUAGCCGUUGGGGGCGCCGUCGGGGGCCUGUUAGGAGCCUGGAUGACAAGCGGGCAGUUUAGGCCCAUCCCACAGAUCAUAAUGGAGCUGCCGCCGGCCGAGCAGCAGAAGCUCUUUAACGAAGCCGCGGCCGUCGUCAGGCACCUGGAGUGGACGGAUGCCGUGCAGCUGACCGCGCUGGUCCUGGGCAGCGAGGCCCUGCAGGAGCGCCUGCUGGCCGUGCUGGUGAACUAUGUCACCAAGGAGCUCCGGGCCGAGGUUCGCUAUGACGACUAGGCCGCUGCCCGGGACGUGAGGGGCUCGUUAGAUGACUCUCCUCACUCCUAGGAGGGGACCCGGGAGCUUGGGAAGCCCCAGCACUGGGGUGUCACCUUAAACUGGAGCAAAAUCUCCUGCUGUGAUUUUGAGCAGGCUGCUGCUGUGCCAUAUCAUGUUCUGGAAAUUAUUUAUGAAGACGUGUUCUGUGGUCGUGUGCAUUAAUGCGCACUCGCAGCCCUGCGCCUGGGCAGCUGGCGAGAAGCGGAGGUGCGCCCGGCAGCGCUCGGUGGACUCUGAGUGCGCUCUGGCUCACGCGGGAGAGCGGAGCAAGGCCGUCGAGUUCAGCUGUCCUGCCUUGUGAAGAUGACGCCUGGCCCGAGCACUGAGCACCGAGCACCGGUGCGGGGCCGGUUCCCAUCUCGUGGCCUCGGAACCGCCCGUGCUGGGAUCACCGGCGCCCGUCCCCUGCGGACUUCUGCGUGGCCUUCCGGAGGGGCAGGCGGCCUGUUGAGUGAAUCUGCAAGCGGCCGUUGCCCCCAGCCCUUCCCUGACUACCUGCGGCCUGGCUCCCCGCUCCCAGGGGCUGCUUUCCCCUUUUGAAAAGUCACGGUACUUCUUGAGUGCUGCUUUGUAAACUAAGUCCUUUCCUAAUAGUACUGCUCUUUCUGAAGUGGUAGGAUUGCCGCUCUCUCUGAGAAAUGUGUCCACCCGAAAUUUCCCCUAAUACUGUAUUCACUGUGCUUUCAGAACCACGACUUGACUGUGUUAUUAAAUUACAAUAAACUUUUUCUGAGCAGUC